AUGUCCCGCGACUCAAGCUCACAGGAUCCUCCGUUCAUUCGCAGGGACCCAGCCGAUCAGUCCGAGAGCUCAGCCUCGCUUCCAGAAGCCAACUAUCUCUCUUCUCUGCUUGAGUCAGGGCAGGCGCCGGGCUACCAACAAGGCGCUUUUCCAACGCCAGUUCCCGCGUGGGUACUGGAUGACCCUCGUCCGACCCUGGAAAGCGCUUCUCAUCCAGCAAUCCCAGUCCAAAUACCCCUCCAUUCGCAAACUUCAGCCACAUCUCUGAACUGCAGUUCCAGACUUGCUGGUUCUAUUCUGGAUUCAGCGCAAUCACACACUGAAACCGUGCAGUCGAUCCCCGACAGAGUCAACUGCGGAGAGUGCUUGACACAAAACGAGGAACAACCACUUGAAAACGCAUUGUACCCCGGCCUUAUGUCAGUCGCAGCAGGCGGAUAUCUUACCGGUCCGAUGCAGCCUCAUUCGCACCAAUAUGCCUGGAGCAAUCGCCCCUAUCAGCCAAACCAUACACCACCAGGGAAUAUGAACCCCCAGUUCCCUCCUUCUCAAUCCUAUCACUCUGCGGAGUUCUCAGCUGGCUAUAGCGGAAAUCCAAGCGGGCCAAUGCCUGGGUAUCACGGUUCACAGCCACCGCCAUCAUAUCUUCCUGGAGCGCCCAAUAGCGGUCGACAUAGUCAAUCACGGAGUCCACAAGCAUUGAUGGCUCGCCCUUUCCCUCUCCACCCAGCAAUCCCUUUACCUGACCAACCACUCAUGGCAUCCCCGCCUUAUAUGAUAAGCCAACCAGGUUAUUAUCUCCUUGAAACGCCACCAAUCCCGUCAUCACACCAGACAUCUUUGAGCCCGCAUAGUUCGCCAAUACCCACAGAGCCCAUCUUUGCCACUUCCGAUCCAUUGCCUCCCGUUACAGAUUCAGAUCAGCCGGUCCGCGUGGUCAGCUCACGACCUCGACCCCAGUGCUGGGAGCAUGGCUGCAAUGGUCGCGAGUUCUCUACAUUCAGUAAUCUCCUACGGCAUCAGCGCGAAAAGUCCGGCGUUGUCGCUAAGGCAGAAUGCCCCGUCUGUGGAGCAGUAUUUACUCGUACGACGGCACGCAACAUCCAUGUUGCUCAGGGUAAGUGUAAAGGACCAGGGCAGGAUCCCUUGGUCGAAUAA